AGGCGAGGACUUGGGAAAAGCAGCUCGUCCUAAACUCGAUAGCUGCUUUAGCUAACGGAUUAACGGCAGCUUUAUGGGUUAUUGCUAACGUAUGGUAGUGUUUCCACUCGUUGGUUCAAUUCAUUUCGACGGGGGAAGGUUGUUCAGCCGACUUUGGAGAGGGCUAACACAUCGUAGGGAUCCUCGUUAUCGGUUGUUUCCCUGUUGGAGCGGACGGAGCUCUGGUUGUGGCCGGGCAGCCCCGCCGGACUCUCGGGCGAAACUGAGGCUUUCUACACGGAAUAUAACAUCAACAAUACGUGUUUUUGAACCUCCUGUUUUCGCGGAAGAAGAUUUGAAACGCUAUUUUUCAACGACGUUUUUGAAAGCUAUGCGACUGAGCUUAUCAAGGAGAAGUUUGAUUGGAGAGCGGAGUGCGCUUGAUUUGCAGUCCGAUGGAUGUUAGCCCUGCCCGGCAGUGGCUCGGUUCUAUGCUCCGCUAGGUCUGAAAAUAACAGGUCAAACACCAACAAGCACAGGUGAACAUGUCUGUUCAUAACAAUGCUGCAGACCUGGCAAGUACAUGACAGCCCUGGCUUGAAUGCCAACAAGUCGCCCUCCAUUGCUUGUCUGUAAACCUGGAAAUACCUCCAAUCAUCCCCUCCUCUUCUAUUUCUUCUUCAUUCCCCUCCUCUUCCUCCCCUUCUUUAUUAUUUUUUAUUUUUUUUUGGAGGCUUGCAUUACCUGGGAUACUGUGGAUUUCGACUCGAUAUUGACAUUUUUUUAUGAUGCCCUUUUUGCAGAGACAGUGUUCUGUGCAGCAACAAGACAUUUAAUUUGACUCUUGAAUUUGAGAUUUUUUUUUGUUAGUUUUUUUAAAUUUUUAUUCUCUUUCUAGUCAGAGGAUCAGAUUCGGAUGGAAAAUGGGAGACGCCACCAAACUGGCCUUCGCCGUGUUCCUCAUCUCCUGCUCUUCAGGUGCCAUCCUGGGACGCUCGGAGACGCAGGAGUGCGCCUACUACAACUCCAGCUGGGAAAAGGAGCGCACCAACCGCAGCGGCAUCGAGCCCUGCUAUGGCGAGAAAGACAAGCGGCGGCACUGCUUCGCCACGUGGAAGAACGUCUCGGGAACCAUCGAGAUCGUCAAGCAAGGCUGCUGGCUGGACGACGUCAACUGCUACGACAGUAACGAGUGUGUGGAGAGGAAGGAGAGUCCCGAUGUUUUCUUCUGCUGCUGUGAAGGCAAUAUGUGCAAUGAGAGGUUCCUGUACGCACCUGAAGCGCCCCCACAGAGCGACCCGCACCAAUCAACCGCCUACACCACCUCCAACCCCUUUUCCCAGAAUCCCCAGCUCUUCAGCACUCUGCUCUACUCCCUGGUUCCCAUCGUAGGCCUGGCCGCCGUCGUCCUCUUCUCAUUUUGGAUGUGGAGACAUCACAAACUGGCCUACCCGGCGGCCCUCGUCCCCACACAUGAUCCCGGGCCCUCACCCCCGUCCCCCAUUUUGGGACACAAACCGCUGCAGCUGAUCGAGGUGAAAGCCAGGGGGCGCUUUGGGUGUGUGUGGAAGGCCCAGCUGCUGAACGACUUUGUGGCCGUUAAGAUCUUCCCCAUUCAGGACAAGCUGUCUUGGCAGAACGAGUACGAGAUCUUCACCGUGAGCGGCAUGAAGCACGACAACAUCCUCCACUUUAUCGGCGCGGAGAAGAGGAACAACAACCUGGACCUGGAGCUGUGGCUCAUCACCGCCUACCACGACAAGGGCUCGAUGACCGACUACCUGAAGGCCAACGUGGUGUCAUGGAACGAGCUCUGCCACAUCAGUCAGACAGCGGCCCGCGGUCUGGCCUACCUCCACGAGGACAUCCCGGGACACAAGGAUGGACACAAGCCCUCCAUCGCCCACAGGGACAUUAAGAGUAAGAAUGUGCUGUUGAAGAAUAACCUGACAGCCUGCAUAGCGGACUUUGGCCUUGCCCUGCAGUUCGAAGCGGGGAAAUCGGCAGGAGACACACAUGGACAGGUGGGGACGCGGCGCUACAUGGCUCCUGAAGUCCUGGAGGGCGCCAUCAACUUCCAGCGCGACUCCUUCCUGCGUAUCGACAUGUAUGCCUUCGGCCUCGUCCUCUGGGAGCUUGCAGCACGAUGCACCGCCGCCGACGGCCCAGUGGAUGAGUACAUGCUCCCGUUUGAGGAGGAGGUAGGUCAGCAUCCGUCUCUGGAGGACAUGCAGGACGUCGUGGUUCAUAAGAAGCUGCGGCCCAUCCUGCGGGACUGCUGGCAGAAACACGCGGGUCUGGCCAUGCUCUGCGAAACCAUCGAGGACUGCUGGGACCACGAGGCCGAGGCUCGCCUGUCUGCCGGCUGCGUCGAGGAGCGCAUCAGCCAAAUGCAGCGCCAAGCCCCCAUCAUCGGCCCCGAGGAGAUCGUCACUGUCGUCACCAUGGUGACCAACGUGGACCUCCCGCCCAAGGAGUCCAGCUUAUGAUCAGCCGGUUUGAGCCAGCAGAAACACGGAUCGACAUGAGGGGGGAAAAACAGCCGACCCUGGUUGGUUGGCGGAGUGUUUUUUUGUUCUUUUCUCUUUUCCGUUUUUCUCUUCUUCUUUUAAGUGCGGGCCGCUACUCGCGUUCAGGAAACACCCUGCGCCCACCUCACCACAUCAUUUGAUACCCACCUCAUUGUGAAAAUGUGUCCCUGAGGAUUUUAACAUAUUAACCGUCGAAAACUCUCUCAUCCCGAUCAAAACGAUUCAGGAUAUUAACGACGACAGACAACGUCGCCCCAGUGACAGUGCUGACAUUCUGGGACGGCGACACGCAACAAACACUUUGAUCAUGUAUUGUUUUUAUACACACACUCACACACAGACACACACACACACACAUAUAGGAGGGCAACUUGUUCUGCUUGGUCUUCUACAGAGAGAGAAGAUCGGGCAGAGAAAAUUUCACAGGACUCAGUGCAUUUUAGUGUAAAAGAAAAGAACGAAGAAAAAAAAAAAAGACGACCACCUGGCUCUCGAUACAUUUGCUGUUUUUUCUCGUGUGCGUUUUUUCCGAAGAAACAACUAUCGUUCUGCCAAUAAGCAACGGCUUCUGAAUGUUUAUAGUGUAAUGCUGCUGUACAUAGUGUAUUAUGGACCCAGACAACUUGGUAA